CUUCCUCUGAUCUCCUUUGUGUGUUUUCGCAACUCAAAUCUUCUUCUUUAUUUCAUUUGUUAUCAACUUCUGUACUCACCACAAACCUACCCACUUGGAAUUUCUAAUGUUGUUUCAAUUUUUCCUUUCUUUUCUGAAUGCUAUAACCUCAUAUAAAAUCAGCGCACAGGUUAAACAGAUGCUACCUAACUUAGGUGAACGGAUUAGAGACCUACCCUGGUAGUUACUUCCUUCUGAUUCUUCUUCUUCCCGUGCGUUUUGAUUGAGCUUUCCUCACUUAUCUAUCUUGGGUUUGUUUACUUUACCAUGCAUGCAAAACUCAGAGGUUGUGAGGUUGCUAUGCGUUUUGCGACACGGAGAACCUUCAGCUUGUGCAAUGGUGUUAUUCACCCUGUUAACGUAGUGUACCACUGCAUAGUCAAGCGUUUCUGUGGCAUUAAUGAGUCACCUGAGCUUCCCGAUUGGGUUAAAUUCCCCCAGGAUGGGAGUUCUCCACUCACUGAUUCUGAAGAUGAUUUUGUUCUUCCUUCAAUUGUGAAUUGGGUUCGGAAUCAGAAGGAACCAGAUAGCGAGACCAGAUGUCUACCUAAUGAGGUUAUUGAUGAUAGUGUUGAUAAAAUUAGUAGGAUUCUAAAAAAUAGGUUCUCGUCCCCAGUUGCCGUGGUCCAAGCCAUAGAUGGUAGCGAUAUCAGUGUUUCGAAGAGCUUGGUUGACAAACUAUUAAAAAGGUUCAGCAAUGAUUGGGUCUCAGCUUUCGGUCUCUUUAAGUGGGCCAACACGCAAAUGGGUUUUAAACACUCGGUUGACUCCUAUGAUUUGAUGGUUGACAUUCUUGGAAAAUCAAAGCAGUUUGAUGUGAUGUGGGAAUUGGUUGAGGAGAUGGUCCGAUUGGGAGGAUUGAUCUCAUUGGUAACAAUGAGUAAGAUCAUGCGAAGGCUUGCAGGAGCCAGUAGAUGGACAGAUGCAAUGGAGAGUUUCCGUAAUAUAGAACGCUUUGGAGUGAGCAAGGAUACUUCAGCCAUGAACAUGCUGUUGGACACAUUAUGCAAGGAGAGGAGUGUUGAGCAUGCACAGUUAGCACUUUUGGAGUUCAAGAAUGAGAUACCUCCAGAUUCUCAUACUUUUAAUAUCUUGAUGCAUGGAUGGUGCAAAGCCAGGCAGCUGGAUAAGGCCUGGUUGAUUAUGGAAGAGAUGGAAAAAUGUGGGUUUCAUCCUUGCGUGAUUUCUUAUACUAGUUUUAUUGAGGCUUACUGUUGUGAGAAGGAUUUCCGCAAGGUUGAUGCUAUUCUUGAUGAGAUGCAGGCCAAGGGUUGCCCUCCAAAUGUUGUCACUUACACUAUUGUUAUGCAUGCUUUGGGGAAGGCAAAGGAAACCCGUGAAGCAUUAGAAGUUUAUGAGAGGAUGAAGAGGAGUGGUUGUGUUCCUGAUACUUCAUUCUACAAUUCUUUGAUUUACAUCCUAAGCAAAGCCGGUAGGCUCCGAGAUGCUCGUGAGAUAUAUGAAGAGAUGUCAAAGGGUGGGGUUAUUCCAAAUGUAACAACUUAUAAUACUAUGAUCACAGCUGCUUGUGAGCAUUCACAAGAAGAAAAUGCUCUGAAGCUGCUUCAGGAAAUGGAGGAGUGUCUCUGCAAGCCUGAUCUGAAAACUUAUGCGCCUUUACUGAAGAUGUGUUGCAAGAAAAAAUGGAUAAAAAUCCUUUUCUAUUUAUUGAAUGAUAUGUUUAAAAAAGACGUCAGCCUUGACGCUGGGACUUAUACUCUCUUGGUGCAUGGGCUGUGUAGGAGUGGGAAACUAGAUCUAGCUUGUGUCUUUUUUAAAGAAAUGGUUUUGAAGGGAAUGGUUCCUAAGUAUAACACAUAUAAGAUGCUGGUGGAAAAACUUGAGAUGACAAACAUGGAAAAGGGAAAAGAAAGGAUUGAACAGUUGAUGAUACAAGCAAAAAAUGUAGAACAAUCUCGCCAUUCCUCUGGGAUGUAUCGUGUAUAUUAAGUUUCAGAAUGGAUUGGUUGAUUAACUUGGAGUCACCAAGUCUUGGGCUCUACUCUUCCUGAAUUUCAUUUUGUUGUAUUUUUAUUAUAAUUUUCUUAUGAUCUUGCAUUGAGAUCUUUUAGGAAUUUCUAACAUUGUAUAUCUGUAUGCAUGUAUGUACCAUAUAAGGAAGGUAUACAUUAUUUCUGAACAACUGAUUGUUCUUCAUUCACAACCUACCUGCCACAGACAUGUCAUUCAUCAAUCACAACAUUCCAAAUGUUUGUCCACAACUUGGAUUUGUUAUAUGCAAAGUUCAUAUUCAUACCUGACAACAUUUGGAUGACCUCAACUAUCUGAAAAAUGCAACUACAAACAAAAGGAAUAAAUGAAAAGGAAAAACACCUAAGCUUGAACUGCCCUGUAUUUUAUAUUAGAGAAAUUGAGAGAAAAUAAAAGGGGAAGAGAAAGGACUUCUGCAUUAUUUGGUUGUUGAGACUUGAGAGAAAAUAAGAUGGAAAGAACUCCAAGAGAAAAUAAGAUGGAAAGAACUCCAAGAGAAAAUAGCACCCUAAACUUUCCCUUUUUUGUCCUGUUUUACCCCAGAUAGUUGGAACCAACUUUGGGUAAUGACCUUUUAGUUUCUGUUAUAAGGCCCAGAAACCAGCGGCUCAUUACAUGUUGGAAGAUAGCAAGGAUGGAGACAACGUCGCAGGACCACCUAUUCAGUUUAUUUAUGUGAGGAGGGCACAUGGCAACAAUUAGUUAUUCUCUCAUGUAAAACCACAUGAAACUAUCAUGCUGUUAACAACCUAUAUAAGGCUUCUGGCUGAAGAAAAUAAACAGAGAAUCAUUUUUUAAUCAUCUCUCUCUCUCUCUCUCUCUCUCUUCUGUUUUCUUUUUUUUUCCUCUUCCAAUUUCUUUGCUAGAAAACAGUGUAUCUGUAAAACCAAAUCAAUUUACAAGAUGAUUAAUGACAAAAUCAGUUUUUAGUCUUGUUGAUGAUUCUAAUCUUACCAGUCAUGCUAAUCCUUGGUACAUCUAAUCAAUUGUGUAAACUGUGGUGAGAUAGCUAAAUCAGCACUUUGCUGCAGUACUAACUUAAGUUUCAUUCCUCUCGAUUCUAAAGAGGGUGUAUUCCAUAUUUCCAUUUUUUCCUUUUCUCCACAAGGUUUCCCCACCUCUUCUUGAAGGGGCAAUUUACUGCAUAUUCAUCUUCUUCAUCAUCCAACCAUUAUCCCAACUAACUGAUGGGGUUGGUUACAUGAAUCCUGUUUCACCAUUCUGUUUUGCAUUUGUUGAUUAAUAACUGCCAUAUAAUUUUGUUGUUUCUUCAAAUUAGUUGACCUAACAGGUACACUUCGUCCAUAUGACAGUACUGCACUCUGGAUAUGAUAAUUCCAAUAUCUCAGUGAUGCCAAAAAUAUUUAUGACUCAAAGAUUGUUAAUAGGGUGUCUGUAUAUUUCAUCAAAAAAAUAUGGUAAACAUGAAUGUUCCCCUGUAAAACCAGAAUCUGUAGUGGGGUAUAAAAAUAUUUGCCUUCCCUGUAUUCAAUUUUAUUAUAUAUAUGCAAAGCUUCAAGAUAAAAAUGAAGCAUAUGAGGAAAAUUCCUGAAUUCUUUGCUUGUGCUAACAUUGUCACAUGUAUAUCUUCCAUGAUUCACAUAUUUGCUACACAGUGGAAAAAUCUGCAAUGAUUCACAGGUUACUAUUAGUAAAGCUUAUUGAGGGUGGGAAAUGGUUGUAAGGAUUUUGUUCUUUCAAUUGGUGUUUGUACCUGUGAUAAAUGUACCUUGUAGAUUCGAUUUUAUUUGUUAUAAUUAAAUUGCUCAUUUAGCAAUUUAUGGACUUCUCUGCAUUUCCUGGUUGCCUAGAUCCUUUUCUUGAGUUAAUA